UGUGGAGCCGCCAAGAUGGAGCCGGCAGCCGGCGUUCCCGUCCCGCUGAUCAUGAACAACAAGCAGCCCCAGCCGCCGCCACCGCCGCCCCCCGCAGCCGCGCAGCCUCCCCCCGGGGCCCCGCGGGCCGGCGGGGGCCUCCUGCCCGGGGGCAAAGCCCGGGAGUUCAACCGCAACCAGCGCAAAGACUCGGAGGGCUAUUCUGAGUCGCCAGAUCUCGAGUUUGAAUAUGCUGACACAGACAAGUGGGCUGCAGAGCUCUCAGAGCUUUACAGCUACACGGAAGGGCCAGAAUUCCUGAUGAAUCGAAAAUGCUUUGAGGAGGACUUCCGGAUCCAUGUAACAGAUAAGAAAUGGACCGAGCUGGAUACUAACGAGCACCGUACCCAUGCUAUGAGGCUCCUGGAUGGCUUGGAAGUCACUGCCAGGGAGAAAAGACUCAAGGUGGCUCGAGCAAUUCUCUACGUUGCCCAAGGCACCUUUGGAGAGUGUAGCUCGGAGGCAGAGGUGCAGUCCUGGAUGCGCUACAACAUCUUUCUGCUCCUGGAGGUGGGCACGUUCAAUGCUUUGGUGGAACUUCUGAACAUGGAAAUAGACAAUAGUGCCGCCUGCAGCAGUGCAGUGAGGAAGCCGGCCAUCUCCUUGGCUGACAGCACAGACCUGAGGGUCCUGCUCAACAUCAUGUACCUGAUUGUGGAGACCGUUCACCAGGAAUGUGAGGGCGAUAAGGCUGAGUGGAGGACCAUACGACAGACCUUCAGGGCUGAGCUGGGUUCCCCCCUGUACAACAAUGAACCAUUUGCCAUCAUGCUGUUUGGGAUGGUGACCAAAUUUUGCAGCGGCCAUGCCCCUCACUUCCCCAUGAAGAAAGUUCUCUUGCUGCUCUGGAAGACAGUGUUGUGCACACUGGGUGGCUUUGAGGAGCUGCAGAGCAUGAAGGCUGAGAAGCGGACCAUCCUGGGCCUCCCUCCGUUGCCUGAGGACAGCAUCAAGGUGAUCCGUAACAUGAGGGCUGCCUCUCCGCCGGCGUCUGCCUCAGACUUGAUUGAGCAGCAGCAAAAGCGGGGCCGUCGGGAGCACAAGGCGCUGAUAAAACAGGACAACUUGGACGCCUUCAACGAGCGGGAUCCCUACAAGGCUGAUGACUCUCGAGAAGAGGAAGAGGAGAAUGAUGAUGACAACAGUCUGGAGGGGGAGACAUUCCCCCUUGAACGGGAUGAAGUGAUGCCUCCCCCACUGCAGCACCCACAGACUGACAGGCUCACCUGCCCAAAGGGGCUUCCAUGGGCUCCCAAGGUCAGAGAGAAAGACAUUGAGAUGUUCCUCGAGUCCAGCCGUAGCAAGUUUAUAGGUUACACUUUAGGCAGUGACACCAACACAGUGGUGGGGCUGCCCAGGCCAAUCCAUGAGAGCAUCAAGACUCUGAAACAGCACAAGUACACAUCGAUUGCAGAGGUCCAGGCGCAGAUGGAGGAGGAGUACCUUCGCUCUCCUCUCUCAGGGGGAGAAGAGGAAGUUGAGCAAGUACCUGCAGAAACCCUCUACCAAGGCUUGCUUCCCAGCCUGCCUCAGUACAUGAUCGCACUGCUGAAGAUCUUGCUGGCUGCAGCCCCCACCUCAAAGGCCAAAACAGACUCAAUCAACAUCUUAGCCGAUGUCCUGCCUGAGGAAAUGCCCACCACAGUGUUGCAGAGCAUGAAGCUGGGGGUGGACGUGAACCGCCACAAAGAGGUCAUUGUUAAGGCCAUUUCUGCUGUCCUGCUGUUGCUACUCAAGCAUUUUAAGUUGAACCACGUCUACCAGUUUGAAUACAUGGCCCAGCACCUGGUGUUUGCCAACUGCAUCCCUCUGAUCCUAAAGUUCUUCAAUCAAAACAUCAUGUCCUACAUCACCGCCAAGAACAGCAUUUCUGUCCUGGAUUACCCUCACUGCGUGGUGCAUGAGCUACCAGAGCUGACCGCUGAGAGUCUGGAGGCGGGUGACAAUAACCAGUUUUGCUGGAGGAACCUCUUUUCUUGUAUCAAUCUGCUUCGGAUCUUGAACAAGCUGACAAAAUGGAAGCAUUCGAGGACCAUGAUGCUGGUGGUGUUCAAGUCGGCCCCCAUCCUGAAGCGGGCCCUGAAGGUGAAGCAGGCCAUGAUGCAGCUCUACGUGCUGAAGCUGCUUAAGGUGCAGACCAAGUACCUGGGACGGCAGUGGCGGAAGAGCAACAUGAAGACCAUGUCUGCCAUCUACCAGAAGGUGCGGCAUCGGCUGAACGAUGACUGGGCGUACGGCAACGAUCUUGAUGCCCGGCCUUGGGACUUCCAAGCAGAGGAAUGUGCCCUCCGUGCCAAUAUUGAACGCUUCAACGCCCGGCGGUAUGACCGGGCCCAUAGCAACCCGGACUUCCUACCUGUGGACAACUGCCUGCAGAGUGUCCUGGGCCAGCGGGUGGACCUCCCCGAGGACUUCCAGAUGAACUAUGACCUCUGGUUAGAAAGGGAGGUCUUCUCCAAGCCCAUUUCCUGGGAGGAGCUGCUGCAGUGAGGCUCCUGGGCCAGGGUACUGAGAAGGAAAGAAGGGGUGACCUGGAGGUGCCCCAGAGGCUGUCCUGGUUCAUUGCUGCAGUGCUCCCACAUCCCUCCAGGUGGCAGCACAGCCCCACCAUGCCCUGCCCUUGGUCCAGCUGGGUUUGUGAGGGAGGCCAGAUUUGGCCCCUCUUUGAUUGCCAGCGUCCUGCCCAGAGAGCCAUCUGCUCUCUGCUUGGGAUCCUCUUUUCCUCCACUCCUUCCCACUUUCUUCUCUUGGACACGGUUGGUUGCAGCUCAUUUCUUUCAGCCCAAGGCUGGGAAAAGCUGGGAUGGGCUGGGAAGCCAUUGCAUCUGAAUUGCAGGGGUCAUGCUGACUCUUCCCAAGACACAAAUCCUUGGCGUGUCAGCUUGCCAAGGAGGAAGACCAGGGCCAGAACGUCAGAAUCUUGGUUUUGCUUUGAGGGGUUUCUCAUGUCAUUCCAGCUUCCUGCUAAGUUUCAUCCAGAAGCAAUUGCAGAGGCUCCUACAGAUGUUUCAGUGCUUUGAUUUUGGACAGGCUUAGGGUUUAGGAAGAGAAGCUUCCCUUAACCAGGGGUGCCAUUUUUCCUCUUGGUUUGCAAGGGUCUGUAAAUACCUAUAUAUAAAUUUCUGUGUAUUCUCUUGUGUCACAUUGGGGUUUUUAAUGUGUUUGUGUAUUCUGUUUACAUUAAAAGGAAGCAGAACCAAUCCCCAUUGCCGUGUCUGCAGGAAACAUGGCUCCUGAAUAUCUCCUCAGAUCUAGAAAGUGGGUUUUCUUGCCAGCAUUGAUAGGUCACCCACUUGUUCCCCGUCAGGCUGCAUGCCUUUCCCACCUGAGGGGGAGAAGCAAGGGGAGUUGGCGCUUAUCCAGAGUCUUUUCCCCCCUACAUCAAUCUGGAAUAGCUCCAGCCCAGCUCCAGGGCUCCUGUACCCCUGGGUGUGAUGUAAUUGAAGUAGAAGCCCCAGGCAUCUCUGGAUCGCACUCCCGAGUUGGCCUCCACCAGCCCAAUUUCAGUGCUAGGGAGGGAGGGGUGGUUGGCUGCUCUGGGCCCUCGUGAGAGUAGGUGGUUGGGACUGAGAGGACCUCUGUGCCCAGGGCUUAAGGAAGCAGCCCCUCAGGAGUCAGCUUCACAGCGGGGAGGAGUGUGUCGGGGGUGGGGGGCCCAGGAGUCCACAUCGCUGGGAAAGAGGCAAGGAAACUCUCUAUGGUAGGUGUCCAUUUGGGGCCUCCUGGAGUCUGCCCCUGGCCUUCUGAUCCCUGGACACAUCUGCUUCCGCCUCGUUCCAUCUUGAGGUUCUGUAUGAUAGGACUGUUCUCUUUCAAGAAUUACUUGAAGGUCCCUUAUCUUAACCUGUAGGCUAUGUGUACGGAGUCUUAAGUAUCUGAAGGGUCUUGACGUACAAAGGAAAUGUAUUCUGGGGACAGGCUCCCUUUUGUUUGUUCAGUGCCUUCCUGGCCUGGGUUUUGGCUGAGCCUCAGUGCAGGCCCCAAGCUGGGCUUCUGGGACACGCUUGCAUGGUUUGCAGCAGCAGGGGCGAGGCCAGCACUGUACCUUUUCUGCAAGUCACACAGCCUCUGAGGUGGGGCGUCUCUGUGACUGACUUUUUGUCUCAUGGUAACUUGCACCAGAUGAGAGAACUUGACACAA